UUCGGUUCUUCAACAAACACAUUAAUAUUUCUUCCUCCUUGGCUGCUCUUCCUUUGCUCCGCCACUUCCUCCACCGCGCUCUCUCUCUCUGUGUUUUUUAGGUUCAAAGAAGCGUCGUCGUUUAUGUAUAGUUGUUCUUUUUGUUGGUUUUCGUUUUAUUAUUUUGAUGGCAACUGCACCAGUAAAGUCUCAGCCUUUACACAAUUUCAACUUUCCGUUUCUUAAAUGGGGGACCCACGGAGGUGGUGGUUCUUCAACCUCCAGUGCCGACCACCGACGUUCUCCUGAAUCCGACUCGGACCACGACCGUCUCCGUCCGACGCGUGUCGGGUCACGCUCCACCCGCAUUCAACGCUUAUCUUUCCUUCCCCCACCAAAACCCAUCAAACAAAGCCACGGUGAAGACGAAGAACAACAACAAGAAGAGCAGCCGUUAAAGCCGCACAAAAAUGAAGCUGAAGAAGAAGAGGAGGAGGAGACGGUGCAGAGACCGUGGAAUUUGAGGCCAAGGAAGGUCGUGGUUGAAACGACGGCGGUGGUGACAACGGCGAUGGAGAAGGUGAGUGAAACGGCAGCGCCGAAGUCGAUGAGAUUAAGGGGUUUGGCUGAAAAUGGAGGGAUUGUAGAAAAGAAAGAAAAGAGGAAGUUUUGGAUGGCUUUAUCAAGGGAAGAGAUUGAAGAAGAUAUCUUUGUGAUGACAGGUUCGAGGCCCGCUAGAAGGCCCAAGAAAAGGCCCAAGAAUAUUCAGAAACAACUUGAUGCUGUUUUUCCUGGGUUAUGGUUGGUUGGUACAACGGCUGAUGCUUAUCGUGUUGCCGACGCUCCUGUUAAGAAAUAGAUCUGCGUUUAGAUGCUUAACAGAUAACCAGAUACAAAGGGGAUGGUUAUGGUGUUAGUGAAUUUGGAAUAUCUGGGAGCUUUGUAGGGUAUGGCACGUUGAGACCUCAUUUUUUUGAGGUAUAAUGAAAUAUGAUGUUUGUAAAGAAAAAGGAAAAGUAUGAAGAAAGAUAUUUAAUUUCUUUUGUGUUGCGCAAAGAAGGGUAAAGGUAGGAUAGAGUUUUAGUGGUUUUUUUUUUUUUUUUAUGCUAGUCCUUUAAGACAUCAGAUAUGAACAGAAAUAUGGAUGAAAUAGAGCAAAUUUCUUUCAAGGCAUUUUAUUUCAGUAUGCCGAAU